UAAUCGGAAGCUGCCAUGGCCGAUGUAGUCGGGACGGGAGAGGAAGUAGGAGCCAUUUUGGUCCGGGUUCAAGAAGACCUUCACCAGCUUAAGGACAAACUGACAAGCAUCAACCUUGAACAAAAUGGAGAGGGUGUGGAUGUUCGUGUGCUUGAAACAGCCAUUGAAAGAACUGAAAUUGGGCUGAGAAAACAUGCUGAGAAUUAUUUAAAUGCCAUAAAUAGAAGUGUGUUGACUAUUCCCUAUACUGAUGAAAAAGAAAUGUAUUUAGAACAGCCCCCCAAAUGGAGGCUUCCUAUUGGUGCGGCUCAGAAGCAGUUUAUUUUUCCACGGGUGCCUGUUAAACCUCUGACUACCCAGCCGUGUGUCAGAUCAGCACCACGUAUUUCUCCAGGUUCACAGCACAAGCUUGCAAUGAAUGUGAAAAUCAUGUAUGAUCCAGGGGACACCAGUAAUAGAGUUCUUUUAAAACAGAACUAUGGAAUCAGUUUGCCACUUAUUAAUAAGAGAAAAUCAGCUCCUGUAUGCACUCAGAAGAUAGUGAAAGGCCCUACAGUUGGUAACCUCUCGGUUUUGCCUGCCUCUCAUCAAAUGGAUUCUCCCUUACCUAUAUUAGAAAGGGAUGCAAGGAAAGGUAUUCUGAAUCUAAUUGAGCGAAGGCUAAUUCCACCAGCAGCAAAGAUUACACUUGAGUCACCUCCUGUUUUACCCAAAGCAGCUCCUCUCCAUGAAUUUCACAAACAGCACAAGAAGCCAGUUGUAGGAGGGAUUGGUAGCAAGGUGGACUUUGCUGGUACAGACAUCUUCAUCUUUCCAGACUCACAAAGAGGUCCUGAUGACUCAUAUUCCUCAAACAAAGGUAGCAUUGCUCCACCUCCGUCCAGCAGCUCCAUGGCUUCAGCUAAGAAAUCAAAGCGAUUAUGGACACAGCCAGCUCAAGGGCUGGAGUUGAUAAAUUGCACUUCCCCUCCGCCAAAGAGCCCACAUAUGACGCCACCUCAGCCCUUACAGAAUACAUUUUUGGAUUAUGAUAUAACUAUUUACAAUGGCACUAUAGAUCAUAAGGCUCCAGAUUUCCUGGCAUUCAAGCAGCACUAUUGUUUAUCCUGGGGAAGUAUUCUUUCUUUCUUGGAAUAUGUUGAGAAGCUUCUCAAGGACUAUGCAGUACCAUUGGCUAUAAUAAAGAGUAAGAAGUUGAUGGAACUCAUAUCGGACUUUGAACUUAACCAGAGGCCAACCAGAGAUGACCUUCUGUCGGUGAUAAAGAACCGGACAACUGUGAAAAGGAUCUUAAAUCAACCUGGCCAGAGAUACAAAGGGCAACAUGGUACUGAAAUGGCUGCCACAAAGAUCCAAGCAACAUGGAGGCGCUAUACGGCCAGAAAAGCCUACAUCCAUUUCAGGCAGCAGCAGUGGGCAUCAGGUGUGAUUGCCAUUUCUUGGCUCUUGCAUAGUCACAUGGCACGUGUAAAAAAGACCCUGAAGGAAUCACGUCAGAGACACCUGGAGAAUUUUUACAUCAGGGCCAAGCAUCUGGCAGCCAACUGGAAUCGCAUCAGGACCUCCAGGAGGACUAUUAUCCAUAUCCCAUCAUUAGGGUAUUCCCAGUGCAUUCGUGAGGCUGCUCCUGAUUUUGCUCUUCAGCAGAAUUUGCAGAUGGGGAGGCUGUGUGACAUACUAGAUGCCAACGUUGACGUCAUCUACAUCUGCCCCCUUCAUCUGAGUGAGGAGUUACUGCAGUAUUACAAUAAACUCCUGGGUCUGCAGGCAGCUGUUAGAUCUGGGAACCCUGAGGACAUGGGUGACCUGCAGGACAGGUUCAAAAUUCUCACCCCUGAAGCUAUAAACAGCUUCCCAGGCCAUCACAUGUGCCUGGCCACUCAGCUGAAGUACAGUCCCAAGACAAUCAAAAGAAUAAAAAAUCUCAUCCAAGGCAAAGAAGCCUACAUCAUUGGUGGACUUCCUCACAAAGAUGAUUUAGCAGUGGCUGACAUGUUAAAUGUGCCCAUAUUGGGCUUUGAGCCAGAAGUAGCUCAUCUCUAUAGAACUAAGUCCGGAAGUAAAAGAAUCUUUGCUAGUGCUUGUGUGCCAAUACCUCCGGGAGAAUAUGACAUCUAUAACCAUCGACAGAUGCUUGAAGUUCUGAGUCAGCUGAUCAUAGAUAACCUGGGAGUGAGACGUUGGUUGUUUAAAGUGGACAAUGAAUUUGGAGGAAACGGCACCGCAUAUUGUGACAUUGCCAGGCACCUGAAAUGCUACCAUUGGGCCCAGAAGGAAUGUCAGAGAUACAACACUGAGAUGUGGAGGAAGAAAUGGGCACACGAGCCAGCUUUGGUGAAGAUCUCCCAGGAGCUCCCGGGCCUUUUAGCACAGCACGCACAGCCAGUCAAUGAGAAACGAUUUCCUACAUGGGAAAAAUUCCUCCAAACAUUUCUUAGUCAAGGCGGUGUGAUAGAAGCCUUUCCACCCUCAGAAAAUGUCACCAACCUUACAGUGGAUAUGCUGAUAGAGCCAAUGGGAGACAUAAGGAUAGUUUCAUCCGGAGAUCAGAUCCAUGCAGAUGGUCCUUUGCAAUCAUCUGGCACCACUGUUCCACAGUGUUCAGUUGAUCCAGCAGUUCUUAAUUCAUUAUGUUUAAAAAUUGGAGAGGCCUGCAAAUCUAGAGGGGUGCUUGGCUACUUCUCAGUUGACCUUGUAACUUUCAUCCACCCGCAAACAAUGGAGCAGCAGGUGUGGGUAACAGACCUUGACCUUUGCUACAGUGACCAGCUGGCCUUCACUCAGCUCAUGUUGUAUGUGACAAAUGGCAAUCUGGAUGGGUGCUCUAGCCGCUUUGAAGUACCACUUACGUGGAAGAAAACAAAAAGUCACAGUGUUCAGAGUGAGGAGGCAGAAACUCCAUCUCCAGUAAGCAGCCGCUAUGCAGUAAUGAGCAGUGAGCUGAGACACUCCAACCUUUCAGUAAUUUACUAUAGUGUUCUCCUCCAGAUAUGUAAGGCUCGUGGCAUUGGAUUUGAUGUCCAGGAAAAACAAGGAACAAUUUUUAUACUGUAUGAAGAUCGCAAGCGGUACAGAUUGGGAAUGAUAACAAUCGGAGAGGAUCUCCAGGGGGUCCUCAUGACCUUUGCUCACAAUCUCUUCAUCAUCCAUCAAGAAAUAUCAGCACCUAAUAUGCAAGGCGAGACCAAUUUUAAGAUAGCAGUUCAAGAUAUUGAAGCAAUUCUGGGAAUAACAGCAGAAAACAAACUGAAAUUUGAAGAAGAGGAAUCCUCCAAAGAAGAUGCUCCCCAAGAAUAG